GGAAAUCACAAGACAACAACUUCAGGUCAGCAGUGUCCGGCUAGCGCUGUGAUGGCCAUUGUCUCCCACGGCAACAUCCUCUCCUGAGUCCUCUCGAGGCCUGAGAACAAGUCCAUCUGGAAAAAGAGUCGAGCUGUUGAUCAGUUCAGGAGAGCUGGAAGGCGAUCUGCGCGGAGAUGGGGAGUCAGGACCGGGAGCUGGUGGCGCUGGUCAUCAGGUUCGCCAUCUUGCUGCUCACCAGGCCCUGUCUGCUGGCCAUGGAGAUACCACAGGAUGUCAAGCAGCCCCCCACCAUCAUCAAGCAGUCGGUGAAGGAUCACAUUGUGGAGCCCAGUGAUCCCAUCAUCAUUGAGUGUGAAGCAACAGGAAACCCUCAGCCUGUGUUCACCUGGACACGCAAUGGGAAGUACCUGAACGUGGCGAGAGACUCACAAGUGUCCAUGCGGAGGUGGUCAGGAACGCUGGAGAUCUUCUUCUACGGUCGGCCCGGCGACUACGAGGGGGAGUACCAGUGCACCGCCACUAACGAGUUCGGCUCCGCCAUCUCCAACAAGAUCAACCUGAGGGUCUCCAAGGCGCGCUCGUGGCCCAAGGAGCACCUGGAGCCCAUGACGGUGUUCGUGGGCGAGUCACUGGUGCUGCCCUGCAACCCCCCCCCAGGACCCCCCGAGCCUGCUACCUACUGGGUCAACAGCUCUAUGGUGCCGAUCCGCCAGAGUCGCCGGGUGUCCAAGGCGGAGAACGGGGACCUGUACUUUGCGUACGUGCUCCCUGAGGACGCGUCCACAGACUACUGCUGCACGGCGCGCUUCCCCCACACCUACACCAUCCACCAGAAGAGCGCCGUCAUCCUCCAGGUGCUCACAGUGCGCAGGCCAUCUGAAAGAGCUCCUGCCUUCAUGUAUCCCCCGAAGAAGGCCACGUCUAGAGUCACACUCGUAGGGGAAGAACUGGUGCUGGAGUGCUUUGCCACGGGAGUUCCUCCCCCUGUGAUUAAGUGGACCAAAGACUGGGACCAGAUGUCCCUGGAGGGCAAAAGGCUGGAGAGCUUCAACAAGAGGCUUCGCAUCCUGUCCGUGUCCCUGGACGACGGGGGAGAGUACACCUGCACAGCCUCCAACAAGAUGGGCUACGUGGAGCGCACCAUCUCCGUCAGUGUCAAAGCGGCUCCCUACUGGUUGGAGAAGCCGAAGAACCUAAUUCUGUCCCGAGACGUCAACGGCAAGAUGGCGUGCCAGGCGGAUGGGGUGCCACGACCCACGGUGCAGUGGCUGGUGAACGGAGUGCCAAUUGAAGAGGUCGAUAGGAUCCCAAGCAGACAAGUGUCUGGAGAGACUCUGAACUUCCGCGGUGUGACCGAGGAGACCACCGCUGUGUAUCAGUGCAACAUGUCCAACCCCUACGGCUACCUGCUGGCCAACGCCUUCGUCAGCGUCAUGGACCAGCGGGCUCGUAUUCUGGGUCCACGAGAUCAGGCGAUGAAGGUCAUCGAGGGCAGGAAGACGCUGCUGGACUGCCCUUACUUUGGGGCACCAGCACCUGAGCUGCGCUGGUCAAAGGGCACGGUUGGCUCCUUAGAAGGUGGUCGCUACAAGGUGUACAGGAACGGGACGCUGGAGAUCCGUAAGACGAGAAUGGACGACCAGGGCAUCUACAUGUGCACCGUCAGCAACGCCAUUGGCCGAGAUGAGAACCAGAUCCAGCUGGAGGUCAAAGAGCCCACACAAGUCAUCCGCAAGCCACACAACGUGAUCAUCCUGCGCGGGGGAGACGCCAAGUUUGAGUGUGCAAUCCGGCACGACGAGACCAUGCUGCCCUCCGUCAACUGGGAGAAGAACAACAAGACCCUCUUCAUUGGACGGAGAAUGCUGAAGGAGGAGGACGCUCUGACUAUCGUCAAUGUUAACAAAGGAGAUGAAGGAGUGUACAGCUGUGUGGUGAAAACGGAACUGGACGAGGUCAUAGUGUCCGCUCGACUCAAAGUGAUGGAUCGUCCAGAGCCCCCGACGGACCUGGUGUUAUCAGACCCCUCAGAGCGUAGCGUGCGCCUCGCUUGGACGCCUGGAGACAGCAACCACAGCCCCAUCAAAGAGUACUUGGUGCAGGCCAAAGAGGAGUGGUGGUUCCACUCAUCAUGGAAGAACCUGACCGUCUACCCGGGGAACCUGAACUCGGUGGUACUGCAGCUCUCCCCGUACCUGAGCUACCGGUUCCGCAUCAUCGCCGUGAACGCACUCGGCCAGAGCGACCCCAGCCGCGCUACGGAGUACUACCAGACCGGAGGAGCCGUGCCAGACUCCUACCCCAAAAACAUCAAAGGUGUGGGAAGUGGACUGUGGAGAAACAACAUGGAGAUCACCUGGGAGCCGUUGCCGGAGCGGGACUGGAACGGGCCGUACCUGCAGUACAUGGUGUGGUGGAGGCGGCAGGACUCCAAGGAGGAGUGGAAGAACGUGACCACCAGGUGGUGGUGGCACACCAUCUACGACACGGACACCUUCACCGCCUACGAGAUCAAGGUGCAGGCCAUCAACAAGUUCGGCUACGGGCCAGAGUCCCCCGUCAUCAUCGGAUACUCUGGGGAAGACCGGCCUCUAGAAGCUCCGUCCGAGCUGAGUGUGUCGGAGGUGGACAGCACGUCUGCAACGGUCAACUGGCUGCCCGUCUCCCACAGCAGCAUCAUGGGAGCGCUGAAGGAGUACAAGGUGUACUACUGGCGAGAGAGCAGUCAGCUGCCGUGGCUAAGUGUCAGUAGGCGGAGCAAGUCCAAAGGUUUCGCGGCGUCAGGCCCGCGGCUGUCUGGCCAGGUGACGGGGUUAACCCCUUACAGCAACUACAGGAUGUACAUCGUGGUGGCCAACAGCCGCUACGAGGGCCCCCAGAGCAGCACCAUCGAGUUCCAGACACUAGAGGGCGUGCCCUCUGCUCCGCGCUCCUUCAAGAUCCAGCACCGGCAUCUGGACACCAUCUACGUGGAGUGGGAACGGCCGGCGGAACCCAACGGCAUUCUAACGGGAUACGUGCUGAGAUACCAGCUGUUGAAUGCAAGUAGAGGGGAGAAGAUCCGUGAGGAGCAGUUGCCUCCAAACAGGACCUACUUCUCUGUCCAGCGCUAUGACCGCUACACACGCUACAAGUUCUCCGUAGCGGCCCAAACGCAGGGCGGCACCGGAGAGUUCUACACCGAGGAGUCGCCACACUUCACUGAAGCGUACUCCACGGACCAGGUGGACUUGGCCACACAGGGCUGGUUCAUCGGGUUGAUGUGUGCUGUUGCCCUGCUGGUGAUCAUCAUGCUCGUCGUCUUCUUCAUCAAGAGGAGCAGAGGGGGCAAAUACCCAGUGAGGGAUAAAAAGGACUUUUGCUUGGAGCCCCUCGAUGAUAAAGACCAGGAAGGAACAUUUGACUAUCGGUCUCUGGAGAGGAUAACUCGUGUUCCUACCCUUCCCUACACCAGAAGGGAGGAGGACAUCAGGCAGAGGAGAGCGGACUCGGUGGACGACAUCAUCAGGAGGACGGAGAGCGAUGACAGCCUGGUGGAUUACGGCAACGGAGGCGAGAUCGAGUUCAACGAAGACGGCUCGUUCAUCGGCCAGUACACCGACGUCAGCAAGCGCGAGAAGUCAGAUAGAGACGAAGACGGCUCGUUCAUCAGCCAGUACACCGGCAUCAGCAAGCACGAGAGGUCAGGUCGAGAGUACCACGACAGCUCCGAGGCCACGUCACCAGCCAACACCAUUUACACACUGGCCUAGUGUAGUCCUCUCAUGGGUACCUGAGGGCCACUGGGACUAAACAACAGGUGCCCACACACUGGCGUGUGCCCAAGAGGUCUUCUCACCUCUGGUCAGCCACUGAGAGCAAAUCGAUUCUGCUUGCAUUUGUCAAGGGGAUCAUAGGGAAAUGGUGACUGGACUUACAGUGCUACUUUUGCAGUUUGGGAAAUAAAACAAGGUCGUUUUACAGGAGAAGGCUGCUCCCUUCAUGCAGAUAAUUUACCAACAUGAUCCUUUAUCUUUUCAAACUAAAGGGCAUAAAGCGGUUAUGUAACUGCCCGGGGAGGUGGUAUGUUUUAUCAUGUUGAUAAAGAGUAGGAGAGUGAGGAGACGAUGGGGAGUGCUAUGGUGGCGGGGCUGCAUGUGUGCUGGUAUGGCUCAGUAAAAGCUAGAGAGAGUGAGGACAAUGUUGGCUAAUUGGGUAUUUUACAGUAAAAGCUAGAGAGAGUGAGGACAAUGUUGGCUAAUUGGGUAUUUUACAGUAAAAGCUAGAGAGAGUGAGGACAAUGUUGGCUAAUUGGGUAUUUUACAGUAUGUGCUCAGUAAAAGCUGGAGAGAGUGAGGACAAUGUUGGCUAAUUGGGUAUUUUACAGUAUGUGCCGUGUUGCGCACAAGCAAAAGCUAGUCAGAUAUUUAUUCUCGUUUUUCUUUUUUAGCCCAUGACCUUUUUAACCGUCUCUUUGCUUUUCCCAGCCCGCUAAUUACUGGUUUGGUCAAACUGCCCUCAUUCUUCAGGUAUAAGAACACAGAGUAUUUUAAUGGUUAUGAAACUUUAGUACACUCGAUCCCGGCACAUUGCUCAGUUUGUAAUGAGCUGUACCAAUAUCAGUUCAAAUUCAUAAGGCCCUGAGCUAACUGACUCAAGUACAAGAUGAAAUUGGCUGGUUGCCACUUGUCCAUCGGUGAAAUUAGAGUCCAUUGCGUGUU